AUGGAGCACCUAUUGAAUAUUUCUUACGAGCUGCACAAUGGCAAAAAUAGCAUUUGGUCAAGUCCUUAUAUAAGAUAUGGUCUCCCACUAGGUUUGCUAGCUACAGCAGGAGCAGUUAUAAUGUUGAAAAGAAAUAAAGCAAAUGUUGUAAAUAAUACUGAAGUAGCUGAAGUUAAACAAACUCCAACACCUUCGCCAAAACCAACGCCUUCACAAGCAAAACCUUCAAUGACUCCUGAACCUAUGGAAGUACAAACUCCUGUUCAAAAGUCAACUCCUAAACCGACUCCAACAUUUAAACCAGAACCUACUCCUCAAAUAAAUCGUAAAACUCCUGCGUUUCCUUACUGA